AAUUAGGCCUUCUUAGACGUUCUCCAUCUUGGUCUUACAUGGCGAGCACAAUCUGGGGAGAGCAUACAAUCUUGCGCUUGACAUCCGAAAGCAAGAUGGCAACCGUUUCAAGUUAGUUCUGGGCCCGGACGACACACUGAAAAAGGGACUUUAAUUCUUUGCAUAUGCGUGUAGACAAAAUUACACAAGAUUGAAUCGGAAAGCGUUGAGCCAAUUCUAAACUUAGAUCGUAGUUAGAUGUAUUUGUAUGAAGUCGUGCAUUCCCUCCUUUUGUGGUUAUAAUUUCAUCAGUAAAAACUGAUAUUAUAAGUUCAUCGAGGUUUUAGUUAGCAGUAACUAAUUGUCUUGAAUAUAACAGGGAAAGAUGAAGAAGGAUGUGAUGCAGUAGUAACGUAUAAAACUUGUUUUAGUUUUUAUUUCCAUAUUUAUUUUUCUCACAGGCGAUUUUAUUCUUUUGGUGGGCUCCAUGUUUUUGUGCUUCCGGGUUCGAAAUGCUCCAUCAGCCUACAACGAAACCAGAUUCAUUUCUUGGGCAGUUUACAAUGCCAUGUUUAUCACGUGUUUUGUCGGCGUGUUGAGGAUUCUGACAGUCAACAACACCAAUCCCGACAUUCUGUUCGCGACGGAAUUUAUUCUCAUCCAGAUGACGGCUACCGUGACGAUAUUGCUGCUGUUUAUACCAAAGUUCGUGUUAUUACGUAAGAUAAGUGGACAAGAGAUCAGUCGGCGAUUAACUGGCCAUCCGAGAGGUUCAAUCCAGACCCCUAACGGCAGUUGCUUGAAUGAUGCGGCCACUUUGGAGAGAGAAAACGAAGAUUUAAAGGAUGAAGUCAAGAGACUGGCUCUAAAGGUGGCCUAUCUGCAUUCUUGUCUCAUGAAGGACAAAAAUAAACAUUUAAAGAGUGCUAGCAACAGUCUUUGUCGAGUUCGCGCCGCUACCAUGGAUGACUUUAACGAUAGUACGCUGAAAAAAAUGUCUUCAUCACCGGUUUCCAGGUUCCUGAGUUCGCACGUCUGAGAGAGGACUAGGGACUAAUUUUCUCGUCAUUGCCUGCCGGUGUUUCGAUGUACUUUUCAUAUCGCCCGGUACGGGUUGCUGGAUGCACCGCCUAUCUAACACAUCUCUAAGAAGUUUAAAAAGCUCAUUUUGAAUCCUUUUGUUUUAGAGCUUAAGGUAAAUUUUUAUAUUACUGGCAAGACGCUGAGAUCAAUUGGUAGCAAUAGGCACCUAAGUCCUUUCACAAUUUAAUUUCAACCCAGUCAAGUGACCUUGUCAAUCACAGAAUAU